UGGCCUAAGAGAUAGAUGGGCCUGAAAUGCGCCGAUGGUCAGGCCUGCCACAUCACCACUUCACUUGGCCCUAAUACUCCUUUUUUAGGGCCCAUCUCAGGAUACCGAGUUGCUACCCCCCGACCCGGCGGCCAGAUCGCGAGCUGGGAAGAGGCGGCGGCGGCGAUGAGCGCGGGGGUGGGCGGGCUGCGGCAGCUGCUGGCGGCGGCGGUGACGACGGGGGUGGCGGAGGCGCGGGCGGCGAUCUUCGGGCACGCGCUGAACCCGACGGGGAAGCGCGCGGCGACCAAGCUGCUGCGGAAGAAGAUGGUCGGCGAGCAGCUCGCGCAGUGGUACCCCUACGACAUCAAGCGCGACGACCCGCUCGUCAUGGCGCGCGAGGAGAAGGCGCGUUUGUCAAAGCUGGAAAUGCUUAAGCGUCGCGGGAAGGGUCCUCCAAAGAAGGGCCAGGGAAGGCGUGCGGUCAAGAGAAGCAAAUAGUUGCCUUAAUUCUGCAUACAUCAGUUCCUGGCGUUCAUCCUGUUUGGGCGCUGAAAUAUUUCGUUGUUGUCAGCAAUGUACUCUUUCUAGUAGGUCAAACAAGAUCCAUUGGCAAUGAAAUUUGCUUUCCUUCAUCAUAAAACCGAUGUAUUUGUGCUGCCGGCAUGAAUGCAAGACAAUUUUCUAUUGAUUGUUCUGUUGCCAUAAAUUUAGCUUUGGCUCAAAAGAUUGCAUUUGAGUGUACACUUGUUAACCUUAGCUCUGUCCUCUCUUUCUUCUCAUAUACAGAAUUCGUAUUUUGGUAUUGAAAUGCUA